AUGGCAGAUGGUGGAGUAGGAGUGGUCGGGCUCGUCCUCGCCAUUCCUGGACUCGUCGACCUCGGUAUCAAGUACGUCCGAGCCAUCGUGCAUAAAAUCGGCAUCUAUCGCAAGGCCGGCGACUACCUCGUAGACCAUUUGCAGGAACAAGACAUCCAAACAAGCCAGCUCGAAGUGUGCCUGACUUUCGUCAAGACGGCGUCGAGUUCGUUCCCUGCCGAGCUCGAAAUACUUGUCCGCAAAGCCUUGUACCGAUUAACGAGUGCUCUCGAGGUUGCUCUAGCAUCCCUCGAGGAUAACAUUGACAAGAAGGAAAACAUCAAAAAAUGGAGGUAUACCAUGUAUGGAAGAUCCGAGCUGAAACGAGCCCUGGAGCGGGUGGAGAAGGACCAACUCCUGUUCUAUCGUGCGGUGCAAUGGGCCGUCUUGUCCGGAGGUGCUGCCGUCGAGGCUCACUUGACCGAAGACCAACAGCGGGGCAGUGAACCUCUAGGGAGAGUGAAGCGACUCAAGGAUGCAAUAAACUUUCGCCUGAAAGGAAGCGAUAGCGAUGUGCCUAAGAUGCUCCUUGACGAUAAGGAGUUCUCCUCCGCAGCUUACCGGCCGCUGCCUCACAGUGAGAUCGGAUAUCUAACUGUAAAGUCGGACGACUCCGAUAUUCCCAUUGCCCUGGUUGAGUACAGGCCAUAUGUUGAGCAGGAGAUCAAGAAGGUCCGCGACAUCGCUCUGGUUCUACAACAUACGUCAGAAUCGAUGGCCAUCCUACCCUGCAAAGGGUUUAAAGCCAGCGCGAAAGCAGACCCAGCUCGAUUCGAACUCGUCUUUCCUCUGCCAACCGGCUCGGCGCAACCUCGUACUCUACGCGACAUCCUGCUCGGGAAGGAAAGCCAAUUGGGAGUACCAUUCUCGCUGACCUGGCGCCUAGAACUGGGACUUCGACUUGCGACUGCAAUCAUGUAUGUACAUACCUCCGGCCUAGUCCACAAGAGCAUCCGCCCCGAGAACUUGGUAGUCAUUGGGGAUCGCGUCCCAACGAAUGUGACAGAGCAAUCUGCCAAGGACAAAUCUCCGGGAAAGCUCUAUCUCAUUGGCUUCGAAUUCGCGAGGAAAGAAGAAGAAGUUUCUACAAGAAUAGGAGAUGACACGUGGUGGAAGAACAUUUACCGCCAUCCACAGCGACAGGGCGUGCAUCCCGAAACGGAUUUCAACAUGCUUCAUGACAUUUACAGCCUGGGAGUUGUCCUCCUCGAGAUCGCCUUGUGGAGAUCUUUCGUUCUCGAGGAGACCGAUGACCGUACCGGUGAGAAACGAUUCGCUGUCAACCGCGACGCCAUAAAAAUAUCCGACAGGAAGACUAGUCACCUGAAAUCUCCAGAAGAGAUCCAAAAGAUCUUCGUCAAAAAAGCUGCAGAUUUCAUCCCACAGGUUUUUGGCGACAAGUAUCGAGACAUCGUCGUAAUGUGUUUGAGUUGCUUGGACGAGGGCGGCCUCAAGGAUAUCGAGGACGCGAAGGACAAGGACGGCAUCACCAUUGGGAUGGCAUAUAGCGAAAAAGUCCUCACGAUUCUUGAUGGGAUUGCCGUUUGAGGAGACCAUGAAUCUGGACGAUCGUGACUCGGGAAUAAUGCAUUUGAAGGAGCGGUUUCGACAAG